AUGGCACCCUCCGCUAUAGAAGAACAAAUCCCAAUCGAAAAGCCCAUUGUCAAACCAUGGAGCCGACCUGCACCUACUAAUGAGAAGCUCGAUUGGGCGCCCCUAGUUGAGAUCGAUCUUUCUCGCUUCGACGAACCCGGUGGAAAAGAAGAGCUCGCAAAGCAAUUAUACGAUGCCGUGACACGAGUCGGGUUUUGGGUGGUUGUCGGACAUGGACUCGAUGACGAGCGUAUCCUCCGCCAAUUCAGUAUCGGUAAUGCUUUUUUCAAAGAAAGCCUCGAAGAAAAGAGAAGCUUUGAAUGUAAUUUUGCAGAAGGCGAGUAUUUCGGAUACCGUGAAAACUCAAGGUGGAUCGGAGAAACCGGUGUGAAAGAUAAUAUAGAAAUGCUCAAUAUUCCCAAAGCCAUCCCUGAAUGGGACGAUGUUCCUAAACACAGGAUCGUCCGUCAGAACUACGACGAGAUAGCUAGCUUCCAUCGAGAUCUCUUCGACAAAGUCAUCCGCAAGCUAUUUGUGUUGAUGUCAAUUAUCCUGGAAUUACCGGAAGACCACCUAGUCCAAGCGCACGCUUAUGACAGGCGUUCCGAUGACCACUUGCGAUACAUGAUUUAUAACACGCGCACUCAAGAGGAAUGGGACAAGGCACAGGGAUACACCAAGGGCGGUCACACGGAUUUUGGAAGCUUGACUCUGCUUUUCUCACAGCAUGUUGCUGGCUUGCAGAUCCGGACGUCGGAUGGGGAAUGGAAAUAUGUCAAGCCUGUUGAGGGUGGGAUUACGUGUAAUAUUGCGGACACGUUAUCAUUCCUCACCAAUGGCUUCCUCAAAUCGACGAUCCAUCGUGUUGUCACACCUCCCAAGGAUCAAAUUGAUAUCCCCCGUCUUGGGUUGCUCUAUUUCUGUAGACCGGGUGAUGAUACUGUGAUGAGAACUGUGCCCUCGCCUUUACUUGAUCGUCUUGGUCUUCUAACUGAAGAAGAUAAGAAUCAAAGUAAGCCUGCGCCUACGGGGACUGAGUAUGUUCGGGCUCGGGUGAAGGAUGUUCAUCAUAAGACUGUGAUUGACCGUCGGGAGAACACUUCGUUUGAGUUUAAGGGGCUGAAGGUUCCAAAUUAUUAUAAGUGA